GGUCGAGAGCCGCGGCGUGUCCGUCCCCCCGCGGCUGGGCACACAACCCGUGCGCGAACGCCUGCCCGGGCCCUCGGGGGCAGCGCUGGGCCGAGGCGACCCGCUGCCCUCGCUGUGGCUGCGGUGGCUACAGAUGCGUGUGGAGGUGAGUGGCAGGUAUUGAUAUGGACAGUCUUUCCUCAGGCCCUUCUCUGCAGUUGCUUGCCAAGCUGCUUCAUGAUACUCAAGAAGAUGAUGAUGAUGAUGAACAUGUGCCUCACUGUUCAGUUAAUGCCAUGACUCCUGGGACUAUUGGACCAGGAAAGAGAGAGACCACUGAUACUUUCCAAGUGAAACCUGGAAAUGAUAAAACUAUUUGGAAUACAGAGGAAGUCCCAGAAGGAUCUGAAUUUGAGGAUUCCUGGGACCCUAGAGAACAACCAGAUCCCUGACAAGCUCCGAGAGACGAGGCGCCUUGCAAAGGCUUCGCCAUUCCCGCCCUGACCGCAUUCGUGUGCCCUCCCCGAGCGUGCCGACAGUCGCCAGCUCCUCGAAGGGAGCUGGGAAGGAGGAUGGGGCUCCCGGCGCUACGAAAAAGAAAAGGGUGACAUGGGACGAAACCCUGGUGUAUGAGAUGGGUUCUGACUCAUCGGAAGAUGGUGAGUGAGGGGCUCCAGCAUCGCAGCCUCUGUCUCCGAGAGCCCCGGUGUCGUGAAGAAUCCACGCCAGAGAUGUUCCCCAAGGACUGUGUCCCGUGGUUGUCAUUUUCUCAUCAUC